AUGCAUCGAAUCGAAGGCUGUCUACUAUUCUUCAUACUCGAAAGCUCUCCCAGACACUCUACCAAAGCAGACGCCGUCACAUAUAGAUGGAUCGAAGAUGUGGAGGAGCUGGAAAGAUAUCAACCUGGUGGCUAUCAUCCUGUGAGUAUCGGGGAUGUGCUUGCGGGUCGAUAUCAAAUUGAGCAUAAACUAGGCCAUGGAGGUUUCUCUACCAUCUGGCUUGCAAGAGACAUCAGAUACAAGAAGGGCUACGUUGCUCUCAAAAUCAACACUGCGGACUCGUCGUCUCAGGAGCCUGAAGUCUUGCUCGCCCUAGCACAGUCAGACCAUCCAUGCCGUGCCAUGAUACCCCUGAUUCGGGACCAGUUCGAGCUCGAAGGACCAAAUGGAUCUCACAGGUGUUUCGUCACAUCACCAGCUCGCUGCAGUCUGGACGACGCUCAAGACUCUGACUGCUUUCCCCUAGAGACCGCUCGUGUUUUGGUUGCUCAGUCCCUUAUGGUCGUUGCUUAUAUCCAUUCCCGGGGGUUUGUUCAUGGAGAUAUCCAUCCCGGGAAUAUUCUACUUCGCCUACCAUCGACCUUUGAUGAACUCUCCAUUGAUCAGCUCAAUGCAAAAUUUGGUCAGCCACGCAAGGAAAAGGUUGUUCGCACCGAUGGGAUGCCUCUCCCUUCUAAUGUGCCCCCGUUCGGAGUCGUGCCCGUUUGGAUAGGGAAGCAUGCGAAUAUGGUUACACCCAGUGAGGCUCGUCUCCUUCUCAACGACUUUGGGGAAGCCUUUUUAGAAUCUCAACGGCGACCUGGAAAAGAGCGUCGUUCUCCCCUUAGUUUUCGACCCCCGGAGACGUGGUUCGAGCCGGAGAGACCUCUAUCAUACUCCUCUGAUAUCUGGAGCCUUGCAUGCUCUAUAUGGCCCAUGCUCGGACUACAGUCUCUUUUCAGCAGCUUUCUCGCAACUCGAGAUGAUAUCCUCUCCCAGCAUGUCGAUACUCUUGGGCUGCCCUCAUUCCCGUCUAGCUGGUGGAACGAGUGGGAAGCUCGCCAUGGCUAUUUUGAACCCGGGUCAGGACAAUCAAACUUAACUUCUCGAGACAUUCGACCAUCACUUGAACGCGCAUUUGAGGAGAAGAUCCAAGCCUGGCGACGAAGGGUACGGAUGGGUGAGUUUGACCAAGACGAGGCGACAGCCAUCCUUGCCAUGCUCCGUGGGAUGCUUGUCUUCGCUCCGGACGAGCGAGCAACAGCCAAGUCACUCUUAGCGUCUCAAUGGAUGUUGAACUGGGGGUAUCCAGCGUUGGACAGAGCCAGGCUCGUCUAA